CCCGUCCCGCUUAGACAAUGCCCCGGAGCCGCCAGACCGUCGCGCCCCCGCCCCACCGUAGUACUUGAGAUCGCCUACCCAGGGGCCCCUCAAAGCCAAAGCUCCAGUCCCUGAGGCUUAAAGACUAGGACUCUCCACCAACUCUGUCCUCAGGGGGGUGGGGCUCCAGCCAAGAUCACAGAGCGGCAGGAGUGGGGGUGGCCGCUGGAGGACUUCCAUCCCCCAGGCCCCGACUCUCCCCCGAGCUGUCCCCUGUCCCAUAACCCCUGUGGGUCCCUCGCGGCACAUCGGGUCUCUAUGGCAGCGAGCAGCCGAGGGUUAAGGGGGCGGGGCCGCUGCAUUUUUGGGGAGUGAGCGCAUCCUAGCGGCUGCCAAGAGGGGCGCCUGGCAGGGACCUCAUGAAGCCCCCGAGCAGGGGCAACAGGUGUUUCGGAGAUUAGGGAUCCCAGACUUGUUCCUCGGACUUCCUCUAAAGAAGCAGACCCGCGAGGAUGCGGGGUAGAGUGGAGUCGGCAGCAGAGGAAGACAGGUGAAGUAAAAAGAGAAAACUAAGAAAUCAGCGCGGCCGGAGGGGGCGUCUGUGUGGAUGGGAUGGGGACGCCGGGGGAGGGGCUGGGCCGCUGCUCCCAUGCCCUGAUCCGGGGGGUCCCGGAGAGCCUGGCGUCGGGGGAGGGUGCAGGGGCUGGCCUCCCGGCUCUGGACCUGGCCAAAGCUCAGAGGGAGCACGGGGUGCUCGGCGGUAAACUGAGGCAGCGAUUGGGGCUGCAGCUGCUAGAACUGCCUCCUGAAGAGUCGCUGCCGCUGGGACCGCUGCUCGGUGACACUGCCGUGAUCCAAGGGGACACGGCCCUAAUCACGCGGCCCUGGAGCCCCGCACGCAGGCCGGAGGUCGAUGGAGUCCGCAAAGCCCUCCAGGACCUGGGGCUCCGAAUCGUAGAGAUGGGGGACGAGAACGCGACGCUGGAUGGCACUGAUGUUCUCUUCACCGGCCGGGAGUUUUUCGUAGGCCUUUCCAAGUGGACCAAUCACCGAGGAGCUGAGAUCGUGGCGGACACGUUCAGGGACUUCGCCGUCUCCACAGUGCCGGUCUCGAGCCCUUCCCACCUGCGCGGCCUCUGCGGCAUGGGGGGACCCCGCACUGUGGUGGCGGGUAGCAGCGAAGCUGCCCAAAAGGCUGUCAGGGCAAUGGCAGUAUUGACGGAUCACCCCUAUGCCUCUCUGACCCUCCCAGAUGAUGCUGCUGCUGACUGUCUCUUUCUGCGUCCUGGGCUGCCGGGUGUGCCCCCUUUCCUCCUGCACCGUGGAGGUGGGGACCUGCCCAACAGUCAGGAGGCAUUGCAGAAGCUCUCUGACGUCACCCUGGUACCUGUCUCCUGCUCGGAACUGGAGAAGGCAGGCGCUGGGCUCAGCUCCCUCUGCCUGGUGCUCAGUACACGCCCCCACAGCUGAGGCCCUGGCCUUCAGGACCUGGCUGGCCAGGGGGAGGGCAGCAUAGGGACUAAAAGGGGAAGGAGGGUUAGAUAGAGGCUGGUGAAUAGGUAGUGGCGGGGAGAGAGCCCCAAGAUGGGGGGAGGGCAUAGUGUGGGAAAAAGGAUAGAGGCCACUGAGUCAGUCCUUUCCCCCAGAUCUAAUAAAACAGAACUGACCUUUUAGACUGG